AUGGCCGACUUCGAUCUGUCUCGGGAAUUCAUUCCUGCACUACACAAACCUUCCUCCUUACUGCCAAUCGCCCGCCAUCGCAAAAGUAUUCUCUACCUGAUAGAGACAUAUCCUGUUGUCAUUGUCGUCGGCCAGACAGGAAGCGGUAAAACCACCCAGAUCCCUCAGUUUCUACAUCAGGCAGGAUGGUGUGAUCAAGGGAAGAUGGUUGCUCCCCGUAGGGUUGCUGCAACUACAGUGGCUGCAAGAGUAGCUGAGGAGAUGAGGUGUAACCUUGGUCAAGAGGUUGAAUAUUCAAUCAGAUUCGAAGAUGUGACUUCGGCAGCCACAAAAAUCAAGUUCCUGACGGAUGGUCUUCUACUUAGAGAAGCACUCGUGGAUCCAUUGUUAUCGCGCUAUUCGGUCGUCAUGGUAGACGAGGCUCAUGAACGCUCUCUGAGUUCUGACAUCCUACUGGGAGUCUUGAAGAAGAUCAGGAAACGCAGACCAGACUUGAGAAUAGUUGUCAGCAGUGCAACUCUUCAAGCCGAAGACUUUCUGAGUUUCUUUGUUCGUGAUGAGAACGAUUCCGACAACUCGACAAAGGUCGACGAACCUGGUGACGUCGGUCGCAUUGUCAAUCUCGAAGGCAGAAUGUUCCCAGUCGACAUACAUUACUUGACAGCUCCUGCCGAGGAUUACGUUGAGCGAUCUGUGCAGACUGUCUUCGACAUCCACACACAGGAAGGCGAGGGCGACAUACUGGUCUUCCUCACCGGCCGCGAGGAAAUCGACACAUGCAUGUCCAUGAUUGCUGACCGCUUACCCUCCUUACCCCCGGGAUCACAAGCACUCCAGCCACUACCACUAUAUGCUGGCCUCUCAACCGAACAGCAGAUGUACGUCUUUGAGCCUGCUGCGGAGAAUACCCGAAAGGUCAUUGUGGCUACAAACAUUGCCGAAGCGUCGGUGACUAUCCCUGGCAUCGUUUUCGUCAUCGACUCUGGGUUCGUCAAACUACGAGCAUUCAAUCCUAGUACUGGUAUCGAGACUCUGACAGCUACUGCGGUAUCCAAAGCUGCAGCGACUCAGAGGGCCGGUCGAGCUGGUCGAACCAAGUCUGGGAAAUGUUAUCGACUGUACACCGAAGCUACCUAUGAUUCUCUAGAAGAUGCGUCUGUUCCCGAGAUCCAGAGGAGCAAUCUGGCACCGGUCAUCCUACAACUCAAAUGUCUAGGAAUUGAUAACAUAGUCCGCUUCCCGUACUUGACACCACCACCAUCAGAGCUAGUCAUCAGAGCACUUGAGAUGCUAUAUUCUCUAGGAGCACUGGACGACUACGCGAGGCUAACGAAACCAUUGGGCGUUCGUAUGGCAGAACUGGCUGUAGAGCCCAUGAUGGCAAAGGUGCUGCUGUCUGCUCCAGACUUUGGAUGUCUGAGCGAGAUAUUGACGAUCGCCGCUAUGACAACGCUACAAGGCGCAGUAUGGUUUCAACACGAGGGAGAGAAAAAGGCCAUGGAGACAUCGAGAUGGAAGUUUGCAGUUGCAGAAGGCGACCAUCUCACAAUGCUCAACGUGUACCAAACGUUUAUCACCAAGGGCAACAAGGACGCUUCGUGGUGUCGCAAUCAUCACCUCAACUUCAAAAGCAUGACAAGAGCUGUCAGUGUACGAAAUCAGCUCAAGCGAUACAUGGAGCGAUUUGGCAUCAACGUGGAAGAGUCGUUGAGCUCCAAAGGCGUCUUGACAGUUGGAGGUCCGGACAAAGCAGAGCAAAUACGACGCUGUCUAACAGCAGGCUACUUUGUGCAUGCGGCUAGGAUGCAGGCAGAUGGCACGUUCCAGACAGUGGAUGGUAGCAUGACACUGCAUGCGCAUCCCAGCUCUCUCAUGUUUAACCGAAAGGCGGACUGGGUCAUCUUCCACGAAGUCAUGCAGACUGGAGAGAAAACGUUCAUCAGAGACAUAACAAAGAUAGAGAAGAGCUGGCUGACAGAGUACGCACCUACGUAUUACCAGAUACGCAAGUAG